UGUCAGCGCAAGGGAAGUUGCCUUCGCCGCCUUUUUGUGGGGUAGUCUGUGGCAAAGCACAGGAGAAAACUAGCCUGACCUGCACUGCUGGUUUCUGAAGAUUAGACAGAAGACUUUGAAGCAUGCAACAGAGACCGCGGCAAGGCAGCAGUCUGAAUAUUCGCACUUGCACAGAGUGACUUCUUGGCUGGGCAGAGCGGACCUGGCGAUGGCACCUCGAGGACUCUGCUCUGUGUCUUCGCUCUGGAGGAUGUCUCAGGUGCACGUAGACUCUCCGAGCUCCCGGUGUCUGCCCUAAAGAAGAAAGAAAUAUCUGUGCAAGCUUCCCCUGUUGUGACCAGACAACGAGAGUGAUCCCAAAGUGAAACAUAGUGUUUGCCCUCCAACCUGUCCCAGUAAGGAGAGCAAGAACUUUACUGUCCGUGUCUGUGGAGAAGCUGCAGGUGAGACACAGGACCCAAGGCCAUGCCCAGGUGGAGUGAGAGCAAGCUGCCGAAUCGCCCCGCUGUCCAAGAUACCCCUCGACCGCCGCGCCUGUCCCGUGCUGCAGCCUCGGCCUGGCCAUGGAGAGCAUAGAGGUGGAGUCGGACAUCCUGCGCCGAGUGCGUACCCUGCUGCGAGAGCUGGAUGGACACCACCCUGCCUUCCAGUGUGACCGAGGGAUGCUGCGAUGGACCUUGCAUAAAAAGAUUGAUCAGAAUCCCAGUAACAGCUCCAUCCUGGUUGGGAUCUUAGUGAAAGAGCUGGAAAGGGCUGAAAGAAGUGACUACAGACAUUACAUUAUACCCUUGCUACAUACGCUGAUGUAUGCAUUUAUAAAGGCUCCCUGCAUCUCUGAAGAUCUUUGCAGCAGAGUUUAUGAUUUCUGUAAGAAGCUGCUCACUUUGCCCAAGCCUUUCUGUACCAUUGGUUUGGACUAUGCUGUCAGGCUGAAAAUGGAAAGGACAGCCCCAGGUAUGUUGUACCAGAGAAUGGUGAUUUCCGAACAAAGUCUUAAAAAUGACCUGUACCCUUAUACGGAAAAGGUUUUCAUCUUUGCAGAUCCUGAGCUGCUCUCUGAAGCCAUCUGCAACGCACUGGUCACCGACACAGAGGCUGCUCAGAUUUCCCAGAGCCCCUGGGUGUGCAUGUGUUACGUGAUCAUCCAUGCCAUGCAGGCAGGCCUUGGUGAGGUCUGUGACAUCAGUGGCUUGAAGAGGAGCCUACAGGAUAUGCCCACGAGCGACUUAGAGCACUGGUUCCGGCAAGUGGUGGUGGCAGUCGAAUGUACAGGAAAUGAGGCAAAUGCAGACCGCAGCCAGUACAUGGAAAAGCUGGAGGAGAUUUACCACGCCAUUCUCAGCUCCAGGCCAGCAGGUGACAGUCUCUCAGGAGAGCUCCAGGGUAUUCCUCUGCCCAACCCCAACAUCAGCUUUCACCUCUGGACAGAAGAUGAUCAGCUCUGGAAGGAAUUGGUGCUAUUUAUCCGCCCACUGUCACAGAGUUGUGAGCCAGACCUGUUGAGCCAGGACCUGGACAACUUUGAAAUCCAGGACAUCAUUUCGGACUGCGAGUGCUGCAAGCAGACUCGCUUCUCUGUGCUCUCCACCGACAGCGGCAUAGAGCGGGACCUGCCUGCAGCAGCUGAGGAGUCUGUAGCCCCUUGCAGUGCUGAGAUAGAGCAAUCUCGGCUCCAGAGGAAGGGUGGUAUUAAGAAAAAGCCAUCCCCGCUGGAGAGUGUGGCCUUCUUGCAGGCUGGCUAUAACAGUCCUGGGAUGAAACAGGUGACAAAACCACAGAGGAGGUCAGGCAUCAUCCUAGAGCCUGCAACCCCGCUGCAGAGACAGCAUACUGCCCGCAUUGUGUUGCUGGGGGAUGACAGGAUCCUAGGUCGCUUGGCUCAAGCGUACCACUCAUUGAGGAAACGAGAAACACGACGAGUUUUCCUGACUCCAAGGCUGAACCUGCAGUUCUACCACAUCCCAGUCGUGACGGGGCAGCCAAAUACAUCGACUGUUGCAAACUGCCCUGCCACUAGCCGUGAGGAGCUCUGCGAGGUGGCCAGGUACCUAGGCAGAGCUGACCCGUGGUAUGAGAGCAACAUCAACACGCUGUGCCACAUGAUUCCCAAACUGGCCACCAUGCCUUCCUCUCCGAGUAAGCAUCUUGUGACUGAUCUGUUCCUCACUGAUGUGAUUGCAUACUAUGUCCGCAUGGGCAUCCAGCCUGUCUACUUCCAGGUCUAUGCUGUGAAGAUUUUCUUCAAUGAUCCAGCACAGGAGCCGGCUGAGGAUGUUUUCCUCACAGAGCUACGCAGCAGCAUGCAGGAGAGCAUCACUCACAGAGAACUAGCCAUGUCCAAGAAGAAAAUGACAUUGGAUGGCCCUGGCAUAGAUCUCACAGUAACAUACAGAAAGGUGGUGGUGAGUAACCGGGUGAAGGAAGUGGCAAUGUCCCUGCGCUCCACAGGUCUGGUGAUGAAAGCCAUCCCUGCCGAUGAGGCUGAAGAUCUAGUGUGCCUAAAUGUGAACAUCACUGAAAUCAUCAAGAACAACAACUUGUCUGGGAGGUCUUUCUCAGCUAUGGCAAACAGGUUGAAAACACAUGGUAUCAAAAUCAGGAGCACAGAGCAGAGGCCCUUCACGAUGUGUCUGGACAAGGACAGCAGAAGAGUUUACAGGAAUGUGAUCAGCAUGGAAGUGUCUCCUUGCCUAGAGCCCAGCUACUGCUUGCAAAAGACAAUGAAAUUCAGCCUGCAUGAAGCAGAGGAUGUGGGGCUCAUGAAAUACAUGCCCAAGUCUCUGCUAUUGCCCAUCAACACAUUUGCAGGCAUCAUCCAGUGAAGAAGACAAGAAAAAGCAGAUGUGAGAGGAUGUGACACUGGGUCAUCAGAGAAGAAAUGAUAAAAGAAAACACACUAAAGGUCACUGACAGUGGUUUUACAAAGGUAAUGUUACUUCUAAAGCUGCAAGAGUGGAGAUGGAUAGAGCUCAAGGAAAGCAGCCAUGUUCUGAUGAAUGACAGUGAUAACCACAGCUAACAUCCCCCUGCCAAGGGGCAGGGUGUUGCUGAAGAACCAGCAGUUUUAACCUUUGGUGCAAGCUAGGGAAAACCUUUGAACAUCUUCUUUUCAGAUGAAGGACUGGGGAAAAUAUGGCUGAGGUGAUGGCUAUUUGCUAUGAUUGUGGAACAAAGAGCAGGGUCUGUCAAUGUUUAUUAUGGUGGUGUCUCCUAGCCUGACUGGUGUCAUGGCCCUAUUGAGCUGGGUUCUGCACAAGAAACUCUAGCUCCGGCACAGAGCAAUAUAUUUGGGCAAAUGAACAAUUAUUCCCCUGACAUUAAUUCAAGAGACAUUGUUACAAGCCUGACCACAACCAGGAGAGUGUGUGUGUCAAAGGCAGCUUCUUUGUAAGUCAGUAGAAAACCCACUGUUGUUUCAUGGGGGCCACACAAAGUAACAAUGGAUGGUGUGAAACAGGGACAUGGGAAAUUUGGUGCAAUAUUGCAAAGAUGAACAGGACAACAACAGCUCAGGCUGUGCAGAUGGUGCUAUGGAAUAUGCUUUCCACUUGCUACUUAGUUGUGCAUGGUAGUAGGUUUGCUCUAAGAACUUGGUCUUCUUUGAGCAGACAGAGGAAACUGCGCAGCAGCUCUUUGUCUUCUGAGCAAUACUUCUGACAUCCACCCAGGACCUCGCUGUGGCUUUUAUAUAAGACCUCUAAACGUCUGAUCUGGAGAGUAUGCAGUACUGAUGAGCUCAGCCAUUCUCAUCAACUUCACUUGUGUUCCUCCAUAUGUACAACCUUGCAAUCCUACUAGCAAUGAACCUCCUUCAGCCAGUGGUAUCUCUGCUGCCACAGUCUACCCUGCAAUUUUGCUUUUGGACUGUGUCCAUCACAGGGUUAAAGAGGUAGCAGAGCAGAGUAGUGCUUGUGGGAUUGAUGGAAGGAUAGGAUGCCUGGAACAUUUCUCCAUUCCUUUGCUGCUAUCAUGGUGUAGAUAUCCUCCCCUAGUUUGCAGAUGGGCCAGGUUAGGCAGUGGCAGCACAGCUCCUACUUCCACCCAGGCUCAAGCUAACCUGGUUAAACAGGAUGAUUGUGGGAACAAUGAAUGUAGGAGGAUUCCUUCUUCAUUCCAGUUUGUUGCAGACUGAAGUAAUUGAAGAAACAUGUAUAUUUGACUUUCUGAAUCUGAUCUGUUGUAUCUGGGGUGUCUCCAGGGAGUUCUCCCUAUAUUCCCUUUGGAGAGGAUUUGGGGGCAUUCUUUCUAUGACACUAUCUUUUUUAUUUUCUUGGCUCCCAGGUUGCUCCUUGCCUGGGUUGUCUUCAGUCAGAGGUGCUUACUCAGAUGAGCUACCCAAAGAAAGUGUCCUUUAGCUUUGUAUAUGUGCACAGCAGCUAUUCCCAGUCUUCUCCAGCUGCAGCCCCUGGGGAGUCUCUGGGGCCAGCUCUCCCCGCUAACUGCAGUUGCAUUGGCAAAUUCCUAGGUCAGCCCUCUUGGCUUGUGUCAGCUGGAGAAAUGCUGCUGCACUGGGAUGAAGGUCAGAUUUUCUGCCAUAGCUCUGGCCACGACAGGACAUGAGCGAGCUCAGCUAGCUUAAUGUUAUGGCCACCAAAGAGACAGGAGCCUCCUGACAGCUCAGUCCCUCCUUAUAAAGCUGCCAAAGGUGAGCAAUGAAUUGACCUUGACCUGCUGCCUGAAUUGCACCCAAUAGCCACAGUGACAGGGGCAGACAGAGACGGUCCCACUGUCUGGGGAAGAAAUUACCACUCUGCCCUAGCAGUGCUAGGUCUACCUGGCCUUGGGGGGGGCUGCACUUCCAGACUGUGACUUCUGUUUAGACACCUGUGUCUGGAACAAGAAGCCCACCUCUAGGUAUAUAAGUUUGCAGUACUGGAGAGGAACUUUCCUUCCACAGAACUGCUUUCAGCUUGUAGGAUGUCUUGGCUUUUUAAGCCCUGUGCCAAUCCUGCUUGCAUUUCUUGCCAUGUGCACAAGGCUUUAGUGGUUUAAAUCUCAGACUUCCCUGGUUUCUAUCUUGCAAACACAAACCCAGUGCUACCAUGAUCCCGCUCUUGUCCCUGAGCUCAGUCACUCGUUCUCACCAGGUAUUUUUGCUCUCCAUUUUCAAGCUAAAGUCUUAUUCACUCUCACUUUAAAUGUACAAUGCAGCCCCAAACAACCCACCAAAAUACACCACUGGGGACAAAAUAGCUCUAGAGCUGUCGGUAGGUGAUGAGUAUUUAGCAAUAUAAAAGUGUCCCGGUCUGAAAAAGUAUUUAAUCCCCAAACCAGCACAGAACUGUCAAAAAGAUUAUACCGGGUGACAGUAACACAACCGCUUCCUAAAGGAAGCAGCCUUGAAAUGCUGGCAAACGUAGCCCCUCGUUCCAGGCUGAGCCAAGCACCAUCCCUGAGCUCGUGCAGGAAUCACAAAGCUGCAAGAUCUCGGCAGCAGUUUUGAUUCUUCAGUACUGUUUUUCACCCUGAUUUGCUCACAUGUCACAAACUGUUAAUGCCCACCACUGCCAGCCUUAGACAGUGAUUAUUUUGGGAGGAAGCUGAAGUAGGAAAAGAGGCUCAGAGACAAGUCAAGAAAUGCUUGUAGCCAUCCGUCUUCCUCUGUGAGCUGCUGCGUGGAAUAACGAGAGGUUUCAGGGACCGACCAGUGGCAAUUCACACCUCUAUCUCCUUGGGGCUUCGGUGGAGGGUUCAGGUACCACCAGCAAGCAAGACACAUACUUAGAAAGCCAAGAGGCUGUUUGCUAGCUUGGGGCAUGGAGUGUGAUGUCCAGAAUUGGCUCUGUACCAUUGUAAAUUAUGUAGAUGAAUAAUAAAUUAUUUGUAUAGGUGACAGAGAUGAUCUGUAUCAGAAGGUGCAAUCCUUUUAAUGUCAAUUAAAAUGCAUUUUAGAAUAAAAUAGCAAAAAAGGGGCCUUUCUUUUUUUAUGGCUGCAUGUGGCUGCAGUGGGUGGGGAAUAAAUAGGUAGUAAUAGAAAGA